GCUUCCUUAGCGGCAGGAAAACAGCAGGAUGCUAAAAACUCUUCUUGGAACACAUUAAACUUCGUGCUGUAAACAUUAAAUGUGUUUAUUAAAAGCUUCUCGGCCACAAAAGUCGUCCGACGGUAAAUGAGACGAAGAAGAAAAGACGAAUUUGGCGCAAAAGAAGUCCUGGUUGGUGAAAUAGCAGCUAAUAGAGAGGAACGAAAUGAAACCAGUUAUUUAAAGGAAAAGAAGAAACAAGCUGCUGGAUGCUGUUUGGAAGCCUGAAGUUCACUGUAACGAAGCAGAUUGCAGCAAUUCUCUGCCGCGCAAAGGAUUAUUGGAUAUCUCAAAAGGGUGAAUAGAGGGGCAUCAAAAUCUGAAUCACAAGGACAAGACAAGUGGUGGACCACUCACAUUCAAAGGCAGAAAAGGCUGAAAACAGAGUCUGACCAGGACUGAUGAAGGACGACUUUCUUCCCUGGCAGUGAUCUCCACUGAGACAGAGACUUUAAAACGGAACGAAGAUAAGGAAAACUUCCACAAGCAAGUCAUCAGUGCUUUUGUUCAAAAGGAGCAGCACACACACUUCAUUUAUAAUUAAAGCUUUUCCUUGCAGACAUGCAGCAGCUGUUCAUGAGUAAAGAAAAUGUUCUUCCUGAUAAGCAGGAAGGGAAUCACAGUCUGAACAAAAAUGGCUCUCAGACUGCAACCAUUAAACAUGAACAGGAGGAACUUUGGAUUGAAGAUGAAAAAAAAGCAUCAUCACUUCCACCAAGCAAAAGAGAUGAGAGUACAGCAGUGGAGCUUCUCUCCAGCAACUCAGCUGAACACAGAACACUGAAAACAGAAGCUAAUGGACGCGACUGUGGAGGAUCACAACCAGCCAGCAGCUCAGGACGAUGCAGUCAUUUACAUCCACAUAGCGAUGAUGUGCAGCAAGUGUCUGUGAUUAAAGACGAAAUUCUCCCUGAACAGCAGGAGUGGAAUCUGACUGUUGACCAGGAGGACAUUAAAGAGGAAGAAAAGAAUCUCUGGAUCAGUCAGCAAGGACAGCAGCUUCACCACUGGAAGGAGGCUGAUGUCUCUAAGUCCUCUUUCACUGUUGUUCCUGUGAAGAGUGAAAAACAAACAACGCAGCCAUCACAGAUUCAUCAAAGCGAGAGUGAUGAGAGCACAGAGGCUGAGCCUGUAGGCAGCAGCUCAACUUUAGACAGAACACUGACAGCACAACUUCAUAGAGAAUAUGAUGGAGGCCCACAACCAGUCAGCAACUUGGGCCCAAAUAGUCCUUUACAACCAGAUACGAGUGGUAGUUCAGACACUUCUGAAACUGAGACUGAUGACAGUUGUGAAUGGCAACAGACCAGAGAACUUCAUUCACGUUUUUACUGUCAGUCAAAUAACAUUGUCUCAAAACAACACAGAGAAAUGCAAGCAAUGGAAAAACCAUUUAGCUGUCUUGAUUGUGGUACAAGUUUCAGAAAUAAGGGUGAUCUGAUCAGGCACAUUAGAAUUCAUACAGGCGAGAAAAAGUUUGUUUGUUCUCAGUGUGGUAAAAGAUUUGGGCGGAAGGGUAAUCUGAUCACACACAUGAGAACGCACACCGGAGAGAAACCAUUUGGAUGUUCUGAGUGUGGUAAAAGGUUUGGGCUGAAGUGCCAUCUGAUUAAGCACACAAGAAUUCAUACAGGAGAGAAACCAUUUGGUUGCUCUGAGUGUGGUAAAAGCUUUGGCCAAAAGGGCAAUCUGAUUUCACACAUGAGAACUCAUACAGGUGAGAAACCAUAUUGCUGUUCUGAGUGUGGUAAAAGACUUAGACUAAAGUGUCAUCUGAACAGACACAUGAGGAUUCAUAUAGAAAAGAAAACAUUUUGCUGUUCUGAUUGUGGUAAAAGAUUUGGACACAUGAGCAGUCUUAUGACACACAUGAAAAUUCAUACAGGAGCGAAGCCAUUUGGUUGUUCUGAUUGCAGUAAAAGAUUUGGACAGAAGAGCAAACUGAUCACACACAUGAGAAUUCAUACAGGGGUGAAACCAUUUGGUUGUUCUGAGUGUGGUGAAAGAUUUGGAGAGAAGGGCAAUCUGACCAGACAUAUGAGAAUUCACACAGGACAGAAACCAUUUGGCUGUUCUGAGUGUGGUAAAAGAUUUGGACUGGAGAGCAAUCUGAUGAGACAUGUAAGAAUUCAUACAGCCCUUGGCUGCAAUGCCAGCAAUGUUUAGGGUGCAACUACAGAUCUUGGAUCUGGGGCUCAUUCUGUUAAAAUAUCCAAGAGAAAUAAAAAAAAAUAAAUAGACACAGCUCUAGUUUCAUCAAAAACAAAAGUAGACAUCUUCUACAACAGAGUUCCCAGCAGGACGAUAUAUUGAAGGUGCCAUAAAUAAAACCUGAUAUUAUUUGGGAUGAGCUAGAA